AGGUCACACCGUGAAGGCUGUGUGCGAGUCUUUUCACUUAGCCAAGGAUGCCGGGUUUAAAGUGGUGGCGCACAUGAUGCCUGAUCUACCUAACAUGGGCCUCGAAAGGGACAUGGACCAGUUUGUUGAGUUUUUUGAGAAUCCUGCUUUUCGCCCAGAUGGCAUGAAGCUCUAUCCGACACUGGUGAUCCGUGGCACUGGUCUGUACGAGCUCUGGAAGACUGGAAGAUAUAAGAGCUACCCACCCAGCACUCUUGUGGAUCUGGUGGCCAGAAUCUUGGCCCUUGUCCCACCAUGGACGCGUGUGUACCGUGUUCAGAGAGAUAUCCCAAUGCCACUAGUCAGCUCUGGAGUGGAGCACGGGAAUCUGAGAGAGCUUGCCUUGGCCAGGAUGAAAGAUCUUGGGACACAGUGUCGUGAUGUCAGGACAAGAGAGGUUGGAAUUCAAGAAAUUCACCAUAAAGUGAGACCAUAUCAGAUUGAAUUAGUUAGAAGAGAUUAUGUGGCUAAUGGUGGCUGGGAGACGUUCCUGUCCUAUGAAGAUCCAGAGCAGGAUAUUCUCGUUGGCCUUCUACGACUGCGCAAGUGUUCAGAGGAGUCAUUCAGACCUGAGCUGAAAGGAGGUGUUUCCAUUGUCCGGGAAUUGCAUGUGUAUGGUAGCGUGGUCCCCGUGAGCAGUCGGGAUCCUUCAAAAUUUCAGCACCAGGGAUUUGGUAUGUUACUAAUGGAGGAGGCAGAAAGAAUAGCCAAGGAGGAGCAUGGGUCAUGGAAAAUUGCUGUAAUUUCAGGUCCUGCCAACUUGAAGAGCGAGGACUUGCUCCGAAGCAAGCUCUGGACGCUCGCCCGAGUGGUUGCCGAGUGCCACUCUGUUGAAAAUGCAGAUGUUUAUGGUUUGUCCCGUGGCAGCAGCGGCUUCCAAGCCUCCUGCCCGGCUCUGUGCCAUCACUGUUUUACCAGUGGAAGUACU